CCCGCCGGGCCCCGCCGCCACCGAGCCUCACCCCAGGCUCACUUGCCGCCGCCGCAGCCGCGAACAUGGAGCCCCCGGACGCGGGGAUCGGGGCGCGCGGGGCCCCGCGGCUGCUGUGGCUCGCGCUCCUGCUGGCGGUGCACCCAGGUGUACAGGCAGAGGUGCACCUGUCUGUGCCCUCUUUGGUGGAGGCUAUGCAGGGGGAGCCAGUCACCCUGGACUGCGAGGUCUUGGGGAAUCCCAACCAGUACGUGCUGGAAUGGUUCCUUACUGAUCGCUCCGGGGCCCGCCGCCGCCUGGCCUCCGCCGAGUACCGGAACUCCAAGCUCCAGGGUUCUGUAGAUGAUCCUGGGAGCCGCAGCCCCCCAUACCAGCUGGAUUCUCAGGGGCGCCUGGUGCUGGCUAAGGUCAAGGUGGGCGAUGAGCGGGACUAUGGGUGUGUGGUGAAGGCGGGGGCGGCCGGCACUGCAGAAGCCACCGCAAGCCUCCGUGUGUUUGCAAAACCAGAGGCCACUGAGGUGGCCCCCAACAAAGGGACGUUGUCAGUGAUGGAUGAGUCAGCCCAGGAGAUUGCUACUUGCACCAGCCGCAAUGGCAACCCAGCCCCUCAGAUCUCGUGGUAUCGGGACGGGCAGCACUUGAAAGUGCCCAUGGAGAUGAACCAGGAUAGGUAUAUGACCAGCCGCACAGUCCGGGAAGCCUCUGGCCUGCUGUCCCUCUCCAGCACCCUCUACCUACGGCUGCACAAGAAGGACCGUAAUGCCAGCUUCCACUGUGCUGCUCAGUACAGCCUCCCUUCGGGCCAACAUGGUCGCCUGGACAGCCCUGCCUUCCACCUCACCUUGCACUACCCCACGGAGCACGUGCAGUUCUGGCUGGGCAGCCCAUCCACCACCGAGGGCUGGGUCCGCGAGGGCGACUCUGUCCACCUGCUCUGCCAGGGGGAUGGCAGCCCCAGCCCAGAGUACACAUUUUUCCGCAUUCAGAACAAUGAGGAGCAUAAUGUCAAUGUCAGCCUGGAGGGGAACUUGACCCUGAAGGCGGUGCGUCGGGACCAAAGUGGGGUUUACGGCUGCCGUGUGGAAGACUAUGAUGCUGCUGACGAAGUCCAGUUAGCCAAGACCUUGGAGCUGCGCGUGGCAUACCUGGACCCCCUGGAGCUGAGUGUGGAGGAGCAGCUCCCUGUGUUUCUCAACAGCAGCCUCACUCCCAUCCAUUGCUCUGCUCAUGGCCUGCCCGAACCCACCCUCCGCUGGACCAAGGAUUCUGUUCCCCUGGCGGAUGGCCCCACACUCUUGCUCAGCGAUGUCACCUUCGACUCCGCGGGCACCUACCUGUGUGAGGCCUCCACCCCAACCGUCCCCCUCCUCAGCCGCACGCGGAGCUUCAGGCUGCUCGUCCAAGGGUCACCUGAGUUAAAACCCCUGGAGAUGGAGCCGAAGCCCAAAGAUGGCUGGACGGAAGGGGAUGAGGUGCGGCUGGCCUGCUCCGCCCGCGGCUACCCGGAGCCUACACUCACCUGGAGCCAGCAGGGAGGCACCCCGGCAGAGCCCAUCGGGGACACGGGCUGGGUGAGCAGCAUCCUGACCCUGAAGGUGACCGGCACCCUAGGCCGCGAGGGCGUCACCUGUGAGGCUUCCAAUGUCCACGGCAAAGCCAGCCACAUCUUCCACUUUGGGACGGUGGCCCCCCAGAUGGCCCAGGCCGGUGUGGCAGUGAUGGCCGUGGCAGUCAGCGUGGGCCUCUUGCUCCUGGUCGUGGCUGCUUUCUACUGCAUGAGACGCAAAGGUCGUCCCGGCUGCUGCCGGCGGGCGGAGAAGGGGGCACCGCCCCCCGGGGAGCCGGAGCUGAGCCACUCAGGAUCCGAGCGGCCAGAACACACAGGUCUCCUCAUUGGAGGCGCCUCCGGGGGCACGCGGAGUGGCAGUGGGGGCUUCGGAGAUGAGUGCUGAGCCCACACACCCCCACCACCACCAGAAGCCAUCACUGGACCUAACGCCUUGGGCAUGGGGGACACGGCCCGCGGCCUCCGCCCCCUUCCUUCUCCUGCCUGCCAGGCCCUCCCUUCCUUCCUCCAUGGCCCAGUGGCCAGCCCAGCCGCCAUGGCCCCUGCCUGGGGCGGGCGGUGAGGCUGGGGGGGGCCUUCCUCCAGGGGGAGGGUGUGUGUGUGAGUCUCCCAGGCCCAGAAUAGCUGCUGGACACCAGCCCAGCACCCGCCAGCGCUCGGCCGGCCCGAGGCCCCGAGGGUCGGGGCCUGCCCGGCUAUUUUUACCUCUGCCUCUCUCUCCAGUCCUCCCCAACCUGACCCCCAUCUCUGUCCUGCUGCAUAGUCUGACACUGGACCUCCCCCCACCCCCAUUAUAUGUGAACACUGGAGACCCCAAUAAAUGCCACCUGUCACAUGA